AUGUUUCAAAGACUUGUCCUAUUAAGAAGAUUUCUGUCUAAGAAGCCGCCCAAGCCUGGAAAACCCAAAAAAUCCUUCCAGGAAACCGCCUACGAUCUGGCAGGUUUUAACAAGUAUGGACUGAUGAGAGACGACCUUCUGGACGAAACGGAUCACGAUGUACAGGAGGCUCUUACACGUUUGGACCCUGACGAGUACGAUUGCAGGGUGUUUCGCAUUUUAAGGGCGACUCAGUUGUCGCUUCGUCACGAAUAUCUGCCCAAAAGCGAGUGGACCAAGUUUGAAGACGAUUAUUUUUAUUUGACCUCCAUCAUCAAAGAACUGCACCAAGAGCAGAGCGAAAGAAAGGCUUGGGAAAGUAAAUUUUAG